AUGGCUCCAACAUCCGCGCCGCCGGCCGAAGAAAUCCAACGUCCCCUGGCCGAGUCCAUCGCCGCCGCAACUCGCUCCGUCCACGCGAAGCUUAACAAGCUGAUCAUCGCCCGCCUUCCGCUGGCGAUCCCUCCCCUUUCUGCCGACCCCUCCAUCUACGUGUCUGGCCUCCUUCAUAUUGCACCUAUCUACAUCGCUUUCGAAUCAGUAUGGAAAGACAUUGUGGAUUCCGUUCCGGUAGAGUCACGAGAUGGAAGCAACGUGCUCGACGACUUACUUCGUGUUCCCCACGACCAACCCGGGUCGAUACAUAAUGUCGACGCCACUAGAAACAUGCGUUCGGUAUUGAAGUCUCUUUACUUACCAGAGCUCAUGCGUUCUGAUCGGUUGCGGUCAGACAUUGGCUUCCUGACUGGGUGGUUCCCUGAGAUGGUAGACGAACAGCUGAAGACAGUCUCUAGCUCGGGGCGUCUCGCCGAGUUCACAAGGCAUGCAAAGCGCACCAUCGAGAAGAAGCCCCACACCGUGCUCUCGUACUCCUAUAUCCUGUUCAUGGCACUAUUCGCUGGUGGAAGGUUCAUCAGGGCCACGCUCGAGUCUGCAGGCUCUGACUUUUGGGAGCAAGUGCCAUCGCCGAUUCCGCCUCUCGGAACGAUUUGUCAACCACGGCAACCAAAGGAGAUCGAUCCACUUGGAGCCAUUCCUACAAGACCUAUUGAUCUUUUGCGAGGCGAGCCUGGAACGCUGGAAAUUGGGGCAAAGCAUGCGCGGCACACGCUUCCACUGAGCUUCUUUCACUUCGCUACUGUUCUCGACGGGGAGGAUCUCAAAAAGGAGUUUAAGAAACGCCUUGCAGAAUCCGAGGCACAGUUUACGCCGCGGGAAAGGCACGACAUCAUUCAAGAGGCCAUUUGCAUCUUUGACAACAUGCUGCUUCUCGUCAGCCAACUGGAUAACGUGUGCGAUACAAACUUGGAUGAUGUGGCUGGCAUGGGUUCCUGGGCACCACUUGGCUCUGGUCACCGUCUGCGUGACAGCGUGGUGGUGGCCCGCGAGAGAAAAACGCAGGCAUCUGAAAGAGAGUCGGGGGAUGGCGAAAGGUCGAACACUUGGCUUUGCAAGCACGCAAGACAGCAAAAGUCCGAAAUGGGAGAGAUCUCUGGCGCAGGCAACUUGGAGGGCUAUGCGCCAGCCGGUUGUCCAGCGUCUGGAUCUAUGAAGUUCGAUGCGAAGCUACCGAUUCCUGACAGGAUAGGCACCGGCAAUACGCCCUCGAUAUACGGUGCGGCUACUUCACAAUUGCCCAUGGCCAAAUCUUUAACCGGCUCACAUAAGGGCUUACCGGUGGAGGGUGAUGAGAUGGCACUAUGA